AUGCUGGCGCUACGGACUACGAAGAACCCUGCUGAGCUCCGACGUCAUACCAGCCUCGUGCCUUUGCGUGCAAACGCUACGCGGUGGAUCUCCAUCUUCAUGAUUCUAGAGCGCUACGUGCGCAUACGGGACGUGAUCAAGCGCGUCGACGCGAUAUAUGACCUCAUGCCCAAGCCUGCUGCGCAUCGGCGCAUUGUUGCUCUCGUCGAGAGCAUCAAGAUAUUUAACAGUGUGUGCAAGAAGCUGCAGGAGGAGGCAACAUCGAUGAAGUCCGUGCGGCUUCUAUUCGACAAGAUUACUGAGAUGUUUCCCGUUACGGGUAACUACCUACGCCCCGACGCCGACAUCGUCCAUUCCCCUGCGUUUGAGAGCGCUGUCGAGAAGAAGAGUUGCAUGCCCCUCCAGCCAUUCCAGCUGGAAGCUGCUACCACGGAGACCACCGCGCCGUCACGUGGUUCGCGUUCUCAGACACGCGCGUGCAGCACUGAGGACUUUGCAACGGCGUUGCCCCAGUCGAACCCGCCUCCCGUGCAGGUGACGCCACGGUACGACCCAAUCAUUACCGCCAUUCCUCCGACCAGCAACCGCUGCGAGAGGCUGUUCUCGCAGUGCAAGCUGGUCAUGACACCUCAGCGUGCAUCGUUGCUACCGAUGAAUUUCGAGAUCCUUAUAUUUCUGCGUGCUAACCGUAAGUUGAUGAGACUAGAUGUUGAUGCCACUGACGAUAACUAG